GACACGUAGAAUUUGACUAAACCCACACGCAGUUUAUUGCAAAAAUAAAAAAAAAUAUUUAAAUAUCAAAUAAAAUAAAACAAAAUAAUAAUAUACAAAGUAAGAAGAAGAAGAAGAAGAAGAAGAGGAGUGACGCUUCUGGAAAAGACGUCGAGGAACACUCCACACAUGCGCACCCCCACCACCCCACUUCUCUCUCUCUCUCUCUCUCUAUUCGGGUGGGGCUCCGGUCCACCCAUUUAGGCCUUUCCCGAAAUUUUAUUUAUUUAUUUAUUUUCAAAAUUUUUUCAUCGUUCGUUUUUUUUUUUUUUUCUUUCCACCCCCGCCCCAUAACGUUUCUCCAAACAAUAUUAAUAAAACCUACUCUUGUCUUUCUCUGCAGUCUUUGUGCUUCUUCAUAGUUUUACACCGUUAGAAGUGUUAAUGUUGAUGAUGAUUUUGUUUUCCUUCUAAUUCUAACUUUCUUUUUCUUCUCUCUUUCCACUCUUUUCACUUUACAGGUAAGUUUGAUUAAAUGAAAUAGGAGCCUAGUUAGACAGUGAGGGACUCUAUUAUCGCGAAAAUUCUUCUCUGGUUUCGUUAACGUCGUGGUGGUCAUCGUGAAUGGCGUUAUUGCCGGUAGAGCAGACAAGCGAGUCCGAAUAUGGAAGAGGUGGAGGAGGAUCAGAUUUGCAGUCACAGAGAUCUAUUCCGACGCCGUUUCUAACAAAGACUUAUCAAAUCGUUGACGAUCCAGCUUUCGAUAAUCUUAUUUCCUGGAACGAAGAUGGAUCGGCUUUCAUUGUUUGGCGACCUGCUGAAUUCGCCAGAGAUUUGCUUCCUAAAUACUUCAAGCAUAACAACUUCUCCAGCUUCGUUCGCCAACUCAACACUUACGGAUUUCGCAAGGUUGUGCCGGAUCGAUGGGAGUUCGCGAACGAUUGUUUCAAAAGAGGCGAGAAAUUACUCCUCCGCGAAAUCCAACGCCGGAAAAUCUCUCCAUCUGUUGCCAUCCAGGCGCCAACGGUGACCGUGGCGGCGGUUCCGGCGGCAGCUCGCGCCUUUUCUCCGACGAAUUCGGACGACGAUCAGGUCCUAUCGUCCAACUCAUCGCCCAUGGCCGUACCUCUAGAUCUCCAUCGCACAACGAGCUGCUGCACCAGUAGUAGUAGUGGUGCGACUACGGAGCUUCUAGAGGAAAACGAGCGGUUGAGAAAGGAAAACAGACAGCUGAGUCACGAGUUAACUCAGCUGAGAGGCUUAUCCAACAACAUACUCACCUUGAUGACUAACUACGCGUCAAGUCAUCAGGAAAUCGGCCAACUACCGGAGGCGAGGUCCGUGGAGUUCAUGCCACGUAAGCAGGUUGAGUCCGCCGGAACGACGACGAGCGGUGACGAAACGACACCGCCGAGAUUGUUCGGUGUUUCACUUGGUGCCAAGCGAACCAGGAGAGACGAAGAGGAGGAGAAGAAGCCAUAGCGGGGGUCAGAUUCGUGUACGGACGCAAGAAUGAGAGCUCGGAAUUCAAUGAAAUCAGAAUCGUUGAUAUAAAACUCCGAGCAUGAGCAUCAUCAAGGACUGAACUCUAAGAGAGCUGGAAAAAUGAUGAAACUGAUGUAUCAUGAUAGUCCUUGAACAGUGAUAAAAGCGUUGAAUGGGGAAUUCGAGAAUGGAAGAGUGCACGUGCGAAACCAGGUGCACCUGAUUGGGGAAAAAAAUAAUAAUAAAUAAAUAAAUAAAUAAAACUGGUUGCUUGUGGAAACUUCUUGGUGUAUGAGAAAAGAAAUUGCCACUUGGAAAGGUGAGAGGAGAGAGAAAACUGCAAGCUCUAGAAGGGAAUGCAAAAGGCGCCAAACUGUCCAAAAAAGUGAUUGACAAUAGUGGGGUUGGCCUUUUGCAUUGGAGACGUCCCACUACUCGAAUAGUAACCGGCCAAAACUACCAUUUUUUUUUUUUUUUUUCACUUCUAUAUCCUCCCACCUUCACAUUGCCAUAUUAAUUAAAUGUUAACUUUUAUAAUUAUUUAUAUAAUUUUAGUUUAAGAAUUUGUAUUA